AUCACCUGAAACAAUAAAAGGGCUUCUUUUGUGAAGAUGGUUUCUGCAAGAAAUUUGGCAAGAGCCAUCGUGAUCUUGUAUGUAAUUGGUUUUCUUACAAAUGCUGAUGGAAAAUCAAUUAAGAAGAGAACUGUGACUGAAAUGCAACUGAUGCAUAAUUUGGCUGAGUUCCUGACCUCGAAAGCCAGGUUGGAUUGGUUGAAAAGGAAGCUUGAUGAAGUAAUGCCUCCCAGUACCGUCCCCAAAGGGGAUCCCAAGUCCCUUGUGGCCCCUGCAGAGGUUCGGCUCCGAAAGAGGGCAGACACCAGUCUGGUUGCAAACCAGGAUCACCAACUAGCUCCAGGAGAGAAGACAUUUGGGAAGACUGACAAGGCUGACAUGGACAUACUGUCCAAAGUCAAUCCCUACCUAGAAUAG